AGCGAGACAGCGCAUGGGCAGGAGGCUCCCAGCAGCUCUUCUAUUAUGUUUCUCUGUUAAAAUAAAAGAAGAGCUACUAGAACGACUGCAAGCGAAACGCUGUUGGAGCCGCUGAGGGGAAAAAGGUCACAAGGUCUGGCCCUGGAGAUGGGAUGUGGGUCCCAUUUGGGGAGUAAAGAGCACAUAGAGGAAUACAGAAUCCAUUGAAGACACGGAAAAAGAACGAAAGAAAACAACAACAAAAAGAGGGAAAGGAUGUCGGCGGUCACCUCAGCAGCCCCGGCUCCCCAGUCCACCGUCAACCUGCCACCGCCUGAGUACACCAACCCCAGCAAGCCCGGCAGGAAGACCAAUCAGCUGCAGUACAUGCAAAACGUCGUGGUGAAGACGCUCUGGAAACACCAGUUUGCCUGGCCCUUUUAUACGCCAGUGGAUGCCAUCAAAUUAGGCCUCCCAGAUUAUCAUAAAAUAAUCAAGGUUCCUAUGGACAUGGGGACGAUUAAGAAAAGACUGGAGAAUAACUACUACUGGAGUGCCAGUGAAUGUAUGCAGGAUUUCAACACAAUGUUUACAAACUGUUACAUUUAUAAUAAGCCCACAGAUGAUAUUGUUCUGAUGGCGCAGGCUUUGGAGAAAAUCUUUCUACAAAAAGUGGCUCAGAUGCCCCAAGAAGAGGUGGAGAUGCUCCCUCCAGCACCCAAGGGCAAAGGACGCAAGCCAGCAGGAGCAUUGACGGCAGAAAGCCCGCAGGAGUCUGCAGUGUCCUCAGUGUCUCCGCCUGCAUCUUUUCCAAACACCUCUCCAGUAGUAUCUCAGACUCCCGUCAUCGCAGCGACCCCUGUUCCAACCAUCACCCCCAAUGUCCCGCCAGUUCAAGCGGCCGCCCCCAUGAUACCCGUUGUUCCUUCAGCACAGCCAGUCAUCAAGAAAAAAGGUGUGAAGCGGAAAGCGGACACGACGACUCCCACCACUUCUGCGAUCACGGCCAGCCGUAGCGAGUCGCCCACCCCCCUGCUGGACCCCAAACAAGCCAAAGUGUUGUCUCGGCGGGAGAGCACGGGGCGGCCCAUCAAGCCCCCCAAGAAGGACUUGGAGGAUGGGGAGGUGCCCCAGCAUGCGGGCAAGAAGGGGAAGCUCACCGAGCACUUGAAGUACUGUGAUAACAUACUCAAGGAGAUGCUUUCCAAAAAGCACGCUGCUUAUGCUUGGCCCUUCUACAAACCUGUCGAUGCAGAGGCCUUGGAAUUGCACGACUACCACGAAAUCAUCAAGCACCCCAUGGACCUCAGUACCGUCAAAAAAAAGAUGGACGGCCGGGAUUACCAGGACGCACAGGGGUUUGCGGCUGACAUCCGGUUAAUGUUCUCAAAUUGCUACAAGUACAAUCCUCCAGAUCAUGAAGUGGUGGCUAUGGCAAGGAAACUACAGGACGUGUUCGAGAUGCGCUUCGCCAAGAUGCCCGACGAGCCGGUGGAGGAGGCCCCUCCCCCCGCGCCGCCGGCCGCCCCUGUGGUCAGCAAGAGCACGGAGAGUAGCGAGAGCAGCGGAGACACCUCGUCCGACUCGGACAGCUCCGACUCCGAGGAGGAGCGGGCCACCCGGCUCGCCGAGCUGCAGGAACAGGUGGGUUCAGAACAGCAAAUCACUGUGGAUCGCCCCAAUGGUAACAGGGCAGGAAAAAAAAACGGGUGUGCCAAAAGUUAUCAGCUAAAAGCAGUCCACGAACAGCUGGCGGCUCUCUCCCAGGCCCCGGUAAGUAAACCAAAGAAGAAGAAGGAAAAGAAGGAGAAGGAGAAAGAGAAGAAGAAGAAAGACAAAGAGAAAGACAAGGAAAAACACAACAAGGUGAAGGUGGAAGAGGAGAAGAAGCCCAAGUCGACGCAACCAGCAAAACAGACCCAGCAAAAGAAAGCCCCGGCCAAGAAGGCAAACAGCACCACCACAGCAACCAGGCAACUGAAGAAGGGAGCAAAACCUCCGGCCGCCGGCUACGAAUCGGAGGAGGAGGAAGACUCUUUGCCGAUGACGUACGACGAGAAGAGGCAGCUCAGCCUGGACAUCAACAGGCUGCCCGGAGAGAAGCUGGGCCGUGUGGUUCACAUCAUCCAAUCCAGAGAGCCUUCGCUCAGGGACUCCAACCCAGACGAGAUCGAGAUCGACUUCGAAACGCUCAAACCUUCCACGCUGCGCGAACUCGAGCGAUAUGUCAAGUCUUGUUUACAGAAAAAACAGCGCAAACCUUUACCUGGCACAGGGAAAAAACAAAGUGCGAAGUCUAAGGAGGAGCUUGCUCAGGAAAAGAAGAAAGAGUUAGAAAAGAGGCUGCAGGACGUGAGUGGACAGCUGAACAACAACAAGAAACCGCCCAAAAAAGCAGAGAAGGCAGGCUCUGGCCCAGCAGGCGGCCCUUCAAGAUUAAGUGGAAGCAGCAGCUCUUCAGAUUCUGGGAGCAGUAGUUCUAGCGGAUCAAGCUCCGACAGCAGCGACUCGGAUUAAAAAAACAACAAACGUACACAAAAAACAAAACCUGGAACAUUUUUUUUUAAUUGUGUUUUUUUUUUUUUUUUUUUGUUUAAUUUUUUUCAAAUACAGAAAACAUUGUAUGCAGUCAGAAAUUGGUAGUUUCCCUCUGGAGACUUAGAUUUUUUUUUAAAUAAAAGAAAGUUACACAGUCAGAACAUUUAACAUUUUUAUAAAGACUAUUUAAAAAAAAAAAAAAAAAAAAAAGUGUAAGCAAGCAUAGUGAAGUGCAAAGGUGGUUAAACUGUUAAUGUUUGGAAACAGGCCUCAGUUGGGUUGGGUGUGGGAUGAGGUAUCCUUUUUGUUUUUCCCUGCGUGGAAUUCUAGAUUAGAGCAAAAUUAGCAGAAAAUACAAAGGGGAGAAAGUUCAGAUUUUACAAGUCCCUGCUGUUGUGAUAUUUAUUUUAAAAAUAAAUACAUAGUACGGUGUUUGUAAACUUUUUUUAAGUUUAAAAUCAAGCAAACAUUUUUGCCAAGUUAUAACUCAAUUUUAACAUUGCACAGUGUGCUGGGAUUCGAUCUUAAAUUACUUUUACAUCUUGAUUUUUUUUUUUUAAGCUUCUUUUUUUGUUUAUUUUACUUCUAAAUAUAUACAUGCACAGUCUAGCCUAGAAUUUGACCUGUGCACCCUCAUCACAUUCCAGUAACACAAACCCCUGCCUUUGCAUGUAAUUAUAUCUACCUUAUUUAUUUGGCAUCUUAAGUAAAUGGUUUUAGAAUAUGUGCAUGAGAACGUAAAAGGCGUUUGUUUGUUGUCAACCUCCAUCGUUACAUAGGCAUCUAUCUGAAAUGUCCGCCAACAGAAAACAACUCGGAGAAAUCUUACAGGGUCUGUAUUACACGGCUGUAUACCUGUGCAGGUGCUUUGUCUGGGGCUUCAGAUAGGGUGUGGGUGCAAGUCUGCAUCUGACUGCCAAAGCUGUGUGCUUAAAGUUUUUAUUAGGAAUGGGGUUAUUUUAAUCUGAACACGCACGUCAUUGGGAUCUAACCGAAAAUACAUUCCUUCAGAGAACUGGUUGCAAUUUGAAGACAAAUUAAACUUCAUUUAUUUUUUUUAUUUUUUUUAAUAGAAUGUUGAUUUAGUUUUAUUUUGUCCUUGUGCAUAUAUAAAUAUCCACCUUUUAUAUGUGACCCCUUUGUUUUAAGGCUGAAUCUGUAACUUGUGAAGGUCCACUCAUGGUACAGUCACAUCUGUGGCUUGUGUGACUGCCCAUCACAUUGGACAUUGAGCUUGUAUGGUUUAAAAGAUCUUGCUCUGUAGCUGCAUCCACCAUUGUUUGAGGCUUUAAAUGCAUACCCAUUGCAGGGGCACUAUGUGCUAGACAAGUUGUGAAGUGUUCUGAGCAGAAAGCAGCUGAAGGCCCCUAGAGAGGGUGGUAAUGCUAUUACGAAGUGAAAAUGUUUUGCCGUGUGGAAGUGUUUUUAGCUUCUGCACUGGAUUGCGAUGGAAACCAUGUCUUUGUUAUAAUGAAAGGUUCAAGAUACUAAGGCUUUUAACAGGCUUCUAACAUGGGCUAGUGCUCUCUAGUACUUAUUGUGAAAGUCCACCUAAUUCAGUUGUAAAUGAUAUGGUGCUUAAAGCAUAGACUUUAUCAGAUAUAACUUGGUUAUGAAGUUUCAAAAUAUAUACCCGCCUCCCUUUUUAAAACUUUUUUUACGCAACUUGCAAAGUUGCUUGCCCUUUAACAGGAGAUGACCCUGUUGAUUCUCAACUGGCCAUGCAAGUAAAUUCAGUUAGGAUGAAAUGGGUCUUCAUUAAGUCACAUAGUAAACUUUAUAAAUUAAGAUUUUGUAUCAAUGUUAUUUUUAAGCUUUUGAAGUCGUUUGUAAGAGUUUGAGAUAUGACUAAUUCACUUGCUAAACGGUGAUGCAGAGGCCACCCAGCAUUGUUUUCAUUGCCACUUUUGUGGGUUUUUUGUUAGCUUGCAUCUUUCGACCUUGACUGGUAGGAACUGGAACCUAUACAAUAGGUGUUUUGGUUCAUGCCAGCAGGUGGCGCAGUUGCUUCAGUUUUGCAGCAGUGCUGGCACUUUUUGGUGGAGAUUAUCAUCUCAAAAUGAAAAUGUGAAGGUGCAAACUAAAGAGUGAUAGGGUUUGUAGUAAUGACCUCUGGAUUUUUUCAAAUACCUGUUUAUAGCCUGGAUUUAUACAGCAUAAUAGUGUUCUGUUGUGGUAGACAGUAUUGACAGUAUUGAGCUGUUUUAGCCCUGUCCACAAAAAAAAACAAAAAAAACACUGAAAAUAUUCACCGAGAAGACUGACUUAUGUAAAUUCUGUUAAGGGAGGCUACUGUGGGUAUUGGACAAUUCUGUUUGCCCAACAGAUCGUCUCAUUCUUUAAUUUUAGGAUAUUGAAUAUUACAAACUUGUAGCCUAAAAUUGACUUUUUUUUUCUUCCUUUUUAUAAAAAAAAAAAAAACUUAAAAAAAUAAAAACAUUGGAGCUCCCGGGGUCCCUGUUCUGUAACGGUUACACUUUAGACUGUCUCCACUGUUUUUAACAUUUUUAAAGUAUAUCUUGUAAUAUGCUGUAUAAUGUUGCUUCUCAGUAGAUAGGACUAGUAUUGUUUGUUUGAGGUAGUGUCUUCCUGGUCACCAGCUGCAGGUUCUUGUUCUGCACCACAGUGACUCCAGCUGGCAGGAACAGGAGCUGCAGCAGUGUGGGACGACGAGUUCAUGGCAGGAGCCUGUUACUGUUCAGCAGGGGAGACACAUGUUUGGCAGGCUGGGAAUCAGUAAUGAAUGUACCCACAACACCCCAGAAUGAUUUUUGCUUCUGUGCUUAUUAGAGGGAAGCUCAAAAAUAAAGACGUAUUUUAAAUCAUAGGGAAAGACCAAUACUGGUGAUGCUGGUGCUGGUUCUUGUGCAUCUGGUCUAACACAAACCAAUACUGAUAUGCAGCUAGAUUAAAUGGAAAUGCAGAGAUUGCAUUAUUAGAUUUACGCUGUGUGUGUGAUUAGUGGUCUGGGAGGGUUCCUGCUGCUGUGUUUCUCUUAGAGCUGGACAGUAAGAACUUGGUAGACUGCUAAAUUACCAAACACAAGAAGUUUCGAUAGACUGACAAUUUUUGAUUCACUCUCUUAAACCUCCCACCGCAAUGACUAAACUGUUGACUAGUUUUUCCACCAAAUCGAAUAUUUUUGACAAUGUUGCACCAAUAUUGAUCCCCCAAAAAUAACUUGGCAAAAAAAGUAUUGGUUUCAAAAUGUGCUGGUCUAUCCCUGUGUGUGUGUGUGUAUAUGUAUAUACACACACAUACACGUCAUAUGAUCAAUAGCUGAUUUCUUUUUGUUUCCCCCCUGUGAUUAAACAGACUGGGUUGUGUUUUGACAUUCUAUUUAAUGUAACAUUAGAUAGUUUUAAAGCAUUAACGUUUUGCAUUAAAUGCAGACACAGCCGAUAUCCACUGUGCUAAAAAACAAACAAAAAAAACGGUAAGACACUCAUGAAUUUGCUUCUGUUCUGUGUCCAGAUCAACAGCAUUGUCAUGCAAGUCCCGACACAAAUUCUACAGACUAAUGCCUCUGUGUGCCGUUCACAAUAUAAUACCUUCUGGGUUUCCUUUUAGCGACUGAUGAGUUGAAAGAAAAAGAAAAAAAAUUAUAUCAAAAUAUAUAUAUUCGCCACUUUGUUUGUUUUUUAGGCCCUGACCAAGAUAUAAUAGUUUUUAUAUUUUAAAACAAAGUUUACUUUUAAUGUAUGAUGUGCAUGCAGAUUUAUUGUAAUUCUUUCUUAUACCUUUUUUUGGAGCUGUUUAUAGUAUCUUCCUGUAAAUGUCAGUCAAUGGGGGGAGGGACAAGGAUUCAUUGUAAGUAGUUUUAGGCUUGUUUAUUGCAACACUGGCCUCUGAGCCAAAAUGGGAGGAGGGGGAAGGGAGGGUGAAUUAGAAGCUAAUAUUUGAUGUAACUGCUAACCAGGGUCCCUGUAUCUCAUAUGGGGCUUGUUUUGUUUUCAUAAAUAAACAUCAAAAACUAAAAGAAAAAUCUAUAAA